UUAUUCUUUCUGGUCACUUUUUGCCAAAAAAGCUAAAUCAGGGAUUUUUUAUUUAUUUAUUGAUCUUGAUUAGCAUUUCAUUUACAUUAAAAAAGCUUAACAGCUGUUGUGGUUGCACACUCUUGCAGGCACUCUUUGAAGCAAAAUUUAAAGAUAAAAAUGGCCUUUUAAAAAAUGCCAAUUUCAAAGCCAAGGAGAUACAAGUCAGUCUAGAAGAGAGGAGAAGAUGAAAUGGAGAAUAGAAAUGAAGAUACAAAUCCUAGGGGACACAAUAUUGUGAAGUGUUGAGCAUAUUUAACUCCCAUAGAAAUUAUUGACCUCACAGGAAGUUCUCAGCAGCACCUUGUAGGAUCUGGCAUAAACAGAGCAGAGGCAGGAGGGUUGCUAUUGAGUAUUUUGCAGCUUCCGUUCAAUUCAGUAGGAGUUAAGAGAACUGAGCAUUUUGCAAGGAUGGGGGUGUGAGCCAGGCAUUCAUCUGAAGGUAAACUGUGAACUGUACCCAUUUUGGGAUUCUGACAGCAUCAUAAACGUGCACACUGCACUUGUAAACGCCUUAUUUAUAAACUUAUACAAAGGCGAGGAGUCCAAAAGUGGACCAGUUAGGAGGAAAGGAGGUUACUAGAUAACAAAAGGACUUCCCUUAAUAAACAAGUACAAAUGAAGAAUGCCCUAGUGGGGGAUACAAGCUGCACUUCUGCUAUUCACUUUCGGUCCCUCCUGUAAAUAUUCCAACGCAGCCAUGUGCAUCCUCGGCCAGCCCUGGCAUCAUGCUCCGUGAGGGGCGAUUUGGCUAGGCUGCUGCGGUUUCUCCUGCUGCUGGAGCUGCAGAGGGAGGAAGGAAACCCAAGGGCAGAGAGCAGCCGGCAAGGGGCAUGGAAGAAGUGGAACGGAGUGGGAAAAAUCUGUGCACGCAGAAGUGUCCCAAUGAGUUCCUAAAUGCUUCAUUCCUUGCACAUCUGUAUGAUGUCUGUACAGUUCUUUACUAACAGCCCUCAAUAUAAGGCCUACCUACUUCUCAGAGGAAAUGGCUCUUGAAGUUAAAUGAGACUGGAUAAAAUAUAUACAUGAAGCAGAGGCUGCUCUACAUGUGUUAAGGCUAAAAUACCAGAAGAGUUUUUGAUCAGCCAGACUUGGUAGCUUGUCAUAAUGAAGAAAAUUAGUCUCAAAACAAUUCGCAAGUCCUUUAACUUAAAUAAAAGCAAAGAAGAAAGUGACUUUGUAGUGGUUCAGCAGCCAUCAUUAAGUGAAUUUGGAAAAGAUGACUCCUUGUUUGGCAGCUGCUAUGGUAAAGAUUUGGCUAGCUGUGAAGUUAACAGUGAAGAUGAAAAAGGUGGCAAAAAUAGAUCAAAAAGUGAAAGCUUAAUGGGUACUUUAAAAAGAAGGCUUUCAGCAAAACAAAAGCAGAAAGGGAAAGGCAGCACACCAUCUGUAAGCUCUGCUGAUGACGAUACCUUUUCUUCCUCAUCUGCUCCAAUAACCUUUAAAGAUGUGAGAGCUCAAAGACCUCUAAGGUCCACAUCCCUCCGUAACCACCAUUACAGUCCAACACCAUGGCCCCUUCGAUCGACAAACUCAGAAGAGACUUGUAUCAAAAUGGAAGUGAAAGUCAAGGCCUUGGUCCACUCCUCUAACCCAAGCCCAGCACUGAAUGGUGUUCGAAAGGACUUCCAUGACUUGCAGUCAGAUAGUGUGUUUCAAGAACAAAACAAUACAUUAAAAAGUACAGAAUCCCAGAAUGGGGACCUACAUCUUCAUAUUGAUGAACAUGUGCCUGUAGUUAUUGGACUAAUGCCUCAGGACUACAUUCAGUAUACUGUGCCUUUAGAUGAGGGAAUGUAUCCUUUGGAAGGAUCACGUAGUUACUGUCUGGAUAGUUCCUCACCCAUGGAAGUUUCAACUGUUUCUUCUCAAGUGAGCGGAAAUGCUUUUCAUGAAGAUGAGGGUCAGGUGGAUCAAGAUGUAGUUGUUGCUCCAGAUAUCUUUGUGGACCAGGCAGUGAAUGGUUUGUUGAUUGGUACCACAGGAGUCAUGUUGCAAAGCCCAAGAGUUAAUCACAGUGAUGUCCCUCCACUCUCACCAUUGCUACCUCCAAUGCAGAAUAAUCAAAUCCAAAGGAACUUUAAUGGACUGAAUGGCACAGAUGCCCAUGUGGCUGAAAGUAUGCGCUGCCAUUUGAAUUUUGAUCCUAACUCUGCCCCAGGAGUUGGAAGAGUUUAUGACUCUGUACAAAAUAGUGGUCCUAUGGUUGUGACGAGCCUCACAGAGGAACUGAAAAAACUUGCAAAACAAGGAUGGUACUGGGGUCCUAUCACACGUUGGGAGGCAGAGGGAAAGCUAGCGAAUGUGCCCGAUGGUUCAUUUCUUGUUCGAGAUAGCUCUGAUGACCGUUAUCUUUUAAGCCUGAGUUUUCGCUCCCAUGGUAAAACUCUUCAUACUAGAAUUGAACAUUCAAAUGGUAGGUUUAGCUUUUAUGAACAACCAGAUGUGGAGGGACAUACUUCUAUUGUUGAUCUAAUUGAACAUUCAAUCAGGGACUCUGAAAAUGGAGCUUUUUGCUAUUCAAGGUCUCGAUUGCCUGGAUCUGCAACUUACCCGGUGAGAUUGACAAACCCAGUAUCUCGGUUUAUGCAGGUGCGUUCCUUACAGUACCUGUGUCGUUUUGUUAUACGUCAGUAUACGAGAAUAGACCUGAUCCAGAAACUGCCUUUGCCAAACAAAAUGAAGGAUUAUUUACAAGAAAAGCACUACUGAAAGCUUAUGGGAAUCUUGCAUCUUGCACUUUGGGAACAAAAAAAAAAAGAUUGAAAUACAGUUUACAAAUUUUCAUUGCUAUCAAAAUCUUUUGCUGCCAUAACAAUGUUUCAUUUUUGUGUGUAAAGAAGGGUAAUGCAUCUUUUUUUGUUUGUUUGUUUGGUGUUUUUUGUUUGUUUGAGGGGGCUUUUUUUUUUUUUAAAAGAAUGAUCACAAGGUUUUUAGAAGUGUGAAAUAGCUAUCUUUCAUCAAUGUGCAGAAAAUAAUCACAAUGUGAAUGAUCAAAUUCUCCUUAAUUUCCCCAAGUGCUGCUAUCCACUGUGAUUUUUAUGCAUUGAGUGCAUUUCAUGUGUAUUCAACCAUAAGUAAAAGUGAAAUGAAACUCGUAGAAUGGAAUUUUUGUCAUCUUAAAAUGGUCUAUUUUAUAAAGAUAAUUGUGGACAAAACAUACAGGUAGAUAAAUUACAGAAUUUAGGUAUACAGUGAAAAUGAUUUCCCAGCAUCCUAAAUAAACAUCUCCAUAGAACUGCCCUAAUUUAAAACUUAUUAAUUGAUGUAGCUGUGUGAUGGAAUAUAGUUAUGCAGCAUAUCUUUGGAAACCUCCUUUCUCCUAAAUGAUUUCAUAGUUUGUACUCGCUAUUUUGCCUUUGAGAAAUUGGGUUGAAUUUUCUUUUUCCUGGAAUUUCAUUAUAAUUUUUUCUUCUCCUUUUAAAAACAGCCUUUAAAAACAGUUUUGAAAAACAGUACAGAGCAUCAAUAUGGAAAUUGUAGUAUUUAAAAUUAUGCUAAACAUGGAUUACUAAUGAUGAUAUUGUUGGAAAAAAAAUUUACAAAUCUCCCUAAUUGUAGGAACUAUCAAUUAAAGUGGUAAUGUGACAAGACUUCUGAAAACCAAUUUCUACACUACAGUUGGUUUUUGGGUUACACUCCCCCUUUUUCCUCUUGCAUUUUGAUAUUUAGUAUUUGAUUCUGGGAUUUUUUGGGGAGUAGGGGAGGGCUUAAACAAAUGAUCCCUAAGGCUGCAUUUUUUUUAACCUUUGUAUAUUUGAAAUUAGUAAGAGAAGGGGUUUUGGUUUAAUACAGUGGCCACAGAAAAGGGCUUUGUUAUUAACAGUCUCAGGCGCUGUCAUGAAAAUUGUCUGUUUUGACAUAAAGGUAUCAUAUCAAUUUAGUAAAUAUUUCUAAUAUCUGACAAGGAUAGUGGCAUUUAAAAAGUCUAUGGGGAGCCUGACCUUCUAAAAGAGAUUUCUGAAUUGGGAGACUGGGUCCUAGAUUGCAAAGUUUUCCUUGUGCAAUAUUCAUCAUAUUGGUUUUUCACUUUAUAGCUAUAUUACGUUUAUGCUUUCAAUUUUAAAGAUGACCAUGACUAAAUUUGUUUUUUUGUUUUGUUUUUAAAUCAAUGUUAUAUUUUUUAGCAUGUCACCUUCUCCAUCAGCAGUUGGUAGAAGUUGCAAUUUAGUAAAGACCAACAUAGAAAAAGUCUGGGAUAAAUCCUUUUUAGAUCAUUUUCUUCUGCUUAUUAUAUCUAGCUUUUUUGCCCCCUGAAAUGAGUUUGUAGCAUUGGAUACACUAUUGCUGCAAAGUGCUACAGUAGCACUACAUCUUGUGUUGCCUGAAUUGAUAUGCUAAAUUUAUAUAUUUUUUUAAUUUAUUUUUUGGACCACAGUAUUUAAAAAAAAAUAAAAAAAUCAAAGGCAGAUAAAGCCUGUCUGUUCUGAGGGAUAGAGGAUGAUGAUUUCUUCUUUUGUCCAAUAAUAUUUUUAAACUUAAAAAAAUAUUCUCAGCAAAGUAUAUAUGUUUAAUUUGUUGUUUUUGCCAUUCAUAUAUAUUUAUGCAAGCUUGAAUCCAGAUUUCUCUCUUCUGGAGGGUUUUUCUUCUUCUUUGAAUCAGGGCUACAAACUUUAUUAAAAAAGGCACAAUAAUCUUAUAGCAUGGUACAGUGGUCUGAUUCUAUCUGAGGGGAGGACAGAGGAAAUCAUUUUUAUGGAAUAUGAAACAUACUUGUUAGGAAUUAAACCUCUCACAUUUUUUUCACUUUAAAAGUUCUUCUCCCACACAAUCCAGAGGGACUGUACAUUGUACAAAGUCUCUAGGGCUUGGUCUACACUACCCCCCCUAAUUCGAACUAAGGUACGCAACUUCAGCUACGUGAAUAACGUAGCUGAAGUCGAAGUACCUUAGUUCGAACUUACCUUGGUCCACACGCGGCAGGCAGGCUCCCCCGUCGACUCCGCGGUACUCCUCUCGCCGAGCUGGAGUACCGCAGUCGACGGCAAGCACUUCCGGGUUCGACUUAUCGCGUCCAGACUAGACGCGAUAAGUCGAACCCAGAACUUCGAUUUCCAGCCGUCGAACUAGCUGGUAAGUGUAGCCAAGGCCUAGAAUGGUGUAGUACAUUAGGCAAUGAUAUAAAAUUAGUGAAAUAUAUCCCAGUGUUUAACAAACUUAAAGAUGCAUUUAAAAUAUGCUGUGUGCAUAAGUAUUUAAUGGACCUUGCAUAAGGGCUUAAACAUGUGAAACUCUAAUAUCCCAAUUUCAUUGCUGUAUUCAGAAAAUGUAUAUGAACUUGUGUGCUAAGUUUCUUUUCCAUGUCUUCAUUUAUUUGUUUGGUCACCUAUCUGAGUUGGUCACUUCUGAAAUACUACUUUUGGUUAAAUUCAUCCAGUCCAUUUUGAGUUGCCUUCCUUGCUAUGUACUUUAAUUGUAAACUUAGUAAAAGGCCCAGUUCUAAUUGCCUCUUUUUGAUGAGCUUUCCAUAGGUUUGAUUAAAAGGAUCCUGACAAGUAAUUUAGACCUAAGAGAAGACCUGCCUACAAUUUUUUUGUAAUCUGAUGCUGUAAUGUCCUAAAUUUCAAAUAUUUUGAAAUCCACCAUUCUGUAAAGACAGAUUUUUUUAAAUGCUGCUGGAUUCAGAAUCUCUCUUUUUGAUACCGAAGCAGUCUUCCAGUUAAUAGAAGGAGCACAAAUUAAGAAACCCUGUUUUGACAACAUUGACUUAUAGUUGCUUAUUAUAAUGAUUACUGUGACCGCCACAGUAAUGUUGUUUAGUUACAAGGCAACUGAAAAUUAUUAAAGGGCAACAACUAUAGUCAGGAAAGACGGUCUUCGUUUGUGCUCCAUAACAAAUAGAGGAACAAAAUCUGUGUUUGCCAAAUGGAAGAAAACAAAAAUGGUAGAUUGAAAAAAGUUAUUUUCAGGCCUUUAAAAGAAGAUAAAGAUUAAAUAAAAAUAAAAUAAAAGCAACUUAAUUCUGUUCCUUUAAAGUAAAACAGUGCUUAUUUUAUUCAGCACAACAGUCAGAGUUGCAACUGAAUUAUUGGAAAAUGUAUUUGAAGAUGAAACUUUGAAAUAAAAUUGAUUUCUGAAGCUACAAGAUGAUGAUGGAAGUUAUUGGUGACACUGGCUGGUUAACUAAUUAGAAGAAUAAAACUACAGCUUGUAUUUUGAUACUAUGUCAGAAAGUUUUUUUCUGAUUCUUACAACUGUGUUAAUUGAAGUUAAUUGAACAGCAAAAUUGAAGUUUAUUUAUAUUCUUCGGUCAGGUUGCAGGUCCCUUAUGCUGCUGAUGACAUAAAUCAAUACCAUCUUUUUUAUCAAGAUGGCUUCCACCAUUAGUAGCCUUAGAAAUGCUAUUAUUAAUUAGAAAUUUUAUUUUCAAAUAUAUACAUUUCAUAUUCUGAUCAUGCUAAGAGGUGCUUUUAUAUGAACAUUGACUGCUGGGCUAAUCAAAAUAUGAUCCAUUUUUCUUUUCUGCAUUUCAUAAUGAGUGAAUUAUGGAUAUGUAAAUUAAAUCAUAAUACCAGCAAUAUAUUGCCUGUGAUUCCAGUAAGGAAUGGUUCUCAGUUACAUAAUUUUUAAAUUCCAAGCUAAAUGAUGGGUACAAUAUUGAUUGCCAAUCUUAUUUCUUUUAAUACUUUUUAAAAUUCUACAAAGAAAAAUAUUAAAAACCAUUCUUUAUUAAUAGACAUGGGAUAGUUAAUAGCUCAUAAUAUCACAAAAUAUUAUGGAGUUUGCUGUAUCUGGAAAGUGUUCUAAACCCUACACACGGAUAAUGAAAAAAAUUCUUACAGAAUUUUGUAUUAAUACAUGUUGGGUUAAAGAAUUUUAUAGUGGUGAUGGAGUGCCAUGAAAUUAAUACUUGCAAUCCAGAUUGCUGUAGUUUACAUUUUUCUGUAUGUUUCAAGCUAGGUGUGCGUUAUUUGUACUAAGCACACCACAGAAUGAAUUAUCCAAAGUCCAUUGAUUUUAAUGUGUUUUGGUUUGUAAACAAAAUUAUAGUAAUUUCUUGCACAUUUUUGAAAAAUAAUUGUAUAAGGAUUUAUGUAUCUGCUUCUAGAUACAGUGUGUAAAUAAAAAUUUCAUUCACA